CCUAGUCUUCUACUGUACGCAUUAAGUGUUGAUAUGAGCGCGUUUUCAUUUAGUACAUUUCUAUUCAUAAAGCUGUAAAUAACGAAUAGAAUUUUUGAUUAAAAACAGGUGUUUCUCAAUUAUGACAGGCGUGUUAGUGUCACAGUAUCGGUUUGAGCUACGAAAUGCAAUUAUGGUUCGUGAUUUUGUGUUUAUUAGGCCGCGUUGCUGCAGAAGAUUUUCCCUCCCUCAUAACUUCAAAUGCAUCCAUAGCUGUAGUUCUGGAUCACCAGUUCCUCAAGGAUCAGUACCAGGCUAUAACGGACGAGUUGAAGGAUUACAUCAAAGAACUAGCACGGGUUAAGCUUAAGCAUGGUGGAGUAAUUGUGCAUUAUUACUCUUGGACUGCCAUCAAUCUGAAAAAAGGUUUCCUUGCGGUAUUUAGCGUCACUUCAUGCGAAGACACUUGGUCAUUAUUUAAGCGAGUUCAAGAUGAACAAAUGCUUUUUUUUGCUCUAACCGAAGUAGAUUGCCCGCGGCUCCCAUCCAAUGUUGCUAUCACUGUCACGUCUUCUGAUCCCGGUGAAGAACUUCCCCAAAUCGUUCUUGAUCUUCGCACUGAAAAGGCGUUUAAUUGGAAAUCCGCUAUUAUUCUCCAUGACAAUACUUUAAGUCGAGAUAUGAUAUCUCGAGUGGUCCAAUCCAUGACAUCGCAAAUAGACGGUAAACCUUCCAUCUCUGUCACCUUAUUAAAAAUGAGACAUGAGACCAACGAGUAUUUAAGAAGGAAAGAGAUUUAUAGAGUAUUAUCCAAACUCCCAGUUAAAUAUAUAGGUGAAAAUUUCAUAGUCAUAGUAACGACAGACACUAUGACAACAAUGGCUGAAGCUGCGCGCGAUCUUCACAUGUCACACACUCUUGCGCAGUGGCUAUAUAUCGUAUCAGACACAAAUAGACGGAAUGGCAAUCUAUCCACAUUGAUCAACGAAUUGUUUGAAGGAGAAAAUAUUGCUUACAUUUAUAAUAGAACCGAUGACGGGACACACUGUCAGAAUGGACUUCUAUGUUACUGCAAGGAAUUGAUGGAUGCGUUCAUAUUAGCUUUGGAUGCUGCAGUACAGGAGGAGUUUGACGUUGCAGCACAGGUUUCAGAUGAAGAGUGGGAAGCCAUUCGGCCUGAUAGACUGCAGCGGAGAGACAUGUUAUUAAGACAUAUGCAGCAACAUAUAACAGCGCAUAGCAAGUGCGGCAACUGUACUACUUGGCAAGCACUUGCAGCUGACACUUGGGGUGCGACAUACAGAAGCACUGAUUUGACCAGCAACAAAGAUGAUGAUAAUGUGACUACUGUUAUUGAAAACGUCGACUUGCUUCAGGUUGCGUUUUGGCGCCCAAUAGAUGGAUUUAUGUUUGAGGAUGCAUUGUUUCCGCAUAUACAACAUGGUUUCCGUGGCAAAGAAUUGUCUAUAUUGACCUACCAUAAUCCGCCAUGGACGAUAUUGGUGACAAAUGCAUCGGGGGCUGUCGUAAAUUAUGGAGGUCUAUUAUUCGAUAUUAUUGGACAAUUUGCUAAAAGUAAAAAUUUCACAAUCCGUAUCGUCCUACCAGGGCAUGUGAAAGAGGAAUCUUCGAAUGAAACAUCUACAGAUAUGAUGCACAGUACAAGUGCAAGGUUGACCUUAUCAGCAGUCGCGAAGGGAAAAGUAGCUUUCGCCGCUGCAGCUUUCUCAAUCUUAUCUGAUCCUCCACCAGGUAUAAACUACACAAUUCCUGUGAGUAUUCAGCCGUACGCUUUCAUGAUAGCACGUCCUCGAGAACUUAGCAGAGCGUUAUUAUUUUUAUUACCAUUUACAACCGAUACAUGGCUUUGUUUAGGAUUUGCAGUGAUUUUUAUGGGGCCAACAUUAUUCAUAAUACAUAGAAUAAGCCCUUUUUACGAUGCUGAGGAUAUCACAAGAGAAGGAGGAUUAUCGACUAUACAUAAUUGUUUGUGGUAUGUUUACGGGGCUUUAUUGCAACAAGGUGGAAUGUACCUCCCACGAGCAGAUAGUGGUAGACUAGUAGUUGGUACUUGGUGGAUAGUGGUAUUAGUGGUUGUUACAACGUACUCUGGGAAUCUUGUCGCAUUUCUAACCUUCCCUAAACUGGAAAUUCCUGUGACUACUGUCAGUGAACUGUUACUGAAUAGAGCAACUUAUACAUGGUCAAUUAAUAAGGGAUCUUAUUUAGAACGUGAAUUAAAGAACUCAGAUGAUCCAAAAUAUGUGUCUCUACUAAAAGGUGCUGAGCUGACGAGUUCACUGACCGCAAUGGAAGCGAACAAUAUGGCUGGGGCAAAUUUACUUAACCGGGUCAGAAAGGAGCGUCACGUGAUGGUGGAUUGGAAGUUGAGAUUAAAUUAUAUAAUGCGAGCCGACACUGUGGCCACGGACUCUUGUGAUUUUGUUUUAGGUUUUGAAGAGUUUAUGGAGGAAAGAAUCGCCUUAAUCGUACCUGGUGCUAGUCCAUACCUGCCUGUUAUUAAUAAAGAAAUUAAUCGCAUGCAAAAAGCAGGGCUCAUAUCAAAAUGGUUGAGCGCUUAUUUACCAAAGCGUGACCGGUGUUGGCAGAGCUCCACUAUGACUUGGGAAGUGAAUAACCAUACUGUCAACCUCAGUGACAUGCAGGGCUCAUUCUUUGUUCUGUUUCUAGGCGUUCUUUCAGCUACAACAGUUUUGUUGACCGAAUGGUGUUGGAAUAGAAGAAAAAAGAAGAUCGAGCAAGUGGUCAUUCAGCCUUACUUGAAUUAAAAAAAUGUAAUAGAAGAGACAUACUAAAUAUAUAAUAAGUUUCAAUUCAUCGUAAGUGAAAGGGCAAUAAAUUUCAUGUUUCGUGUAUUUUAUUGCCAGUAAUCGUAUUUUCCCAUAUAUUAAAUUUUACCUAUUUACUAAGUAGCAGUAGCAAAUAGAAAUUGAAAAAGUAUAGUUGUUGUUUUAUUAUAAAAAAUUCAGCUAUAAGAUUUAAAAAAUAAAGCAAUCAACGUAUUCAAAAGGCCGUUUUUUGCGUAAACUCAGCAGAGAAACCUUAGCGUGCAAAUCAGCACGUGCGCAUAUUUCUUGUCUUGUCUUGGAUACAUUUUCAAUAAUAUUCUGACUGACUUAACAAUAUUUUAACUUCGUAGUAAUACUUAUACUACAAGUUUUGUGUGAUUAUUAUAUCUCAUAAUACGAGCUAAAUAUUUCGAAAAUUGCUACAGUAACCACAGUAUUAAUAGUAGUUCCACAACUGAGCGUUUCUUAAGGCAAUUUUGGCCGCGCCCCACUAAAGGUCCUUCAAGAAAAGAGCAUAUUAAAAAAGGCCUGCAGCGCGCUUGCGAGCCUUUUGGCAGUGCGAGCCUCCAUUGGCGGGGUUUCAUAUCGGGGUAUGGUGAACCUCCUGCCCGUUUCCCUCGUGUAACAUAAUAAAAAAAAAGUUGUUCGCUUCAAUUUAUACAAAUUAAAUUAUGUGUAACUUGUCACAUAUGUUUUGGUCAAUAAUUACGAAAUUCGAUGAAAUGAAAGAAAAGGAUUAAAUAAGAACUGGAAAAAUCCGCCUAAUUGAAUAAAUUAUGCGGAUGACGCGUAGCUAUACAAGUUGUACGAGUUGAGGUGACGUCGUCCAACGAGUCCCAAGCUGGUUUACAUUUAAAGCUCUCUACAUCCUCUCAGACAGUCAGUUUUAAUUCGGUCCCCGUGUUCAUCGGCAAAAUUUUCUAUUCGGCGUGUAAUUUUUUAUAUUUUUUCCAAUAACUUGGGUGCUAAUGACAAAAUCGAAGAGAAAAUUCGCGAUUACCGAUAAAUUUCUUCCCAGACUCGCUAAAAACCUGUGCACCCGAAAAGGCAGCCGUCGGGCUAAUACCGGAAACCGUCUAGAACACGCAGUGCUUACCCACAUUCAGCACGUACCGUAGACAAGCAGCCCCAGCCGUCCUUCAUCCAUCAUCUAUCAUCUCAUUAAACACGAUGGCCCGUGGAGACGAAUGCAAAAUAGCCACCAAGACUUCCUUUGUCAAACAAUUUGAAUUCCCCACACCAAUGAUGAAACCAAUCGUUGAUAAACCUCAGCCAAAAAAACAAGAGCAAAAGAACUACGGCGCUUGGGGCUCCACGUUUAAGGACAAGAAAACGUUCACGGACAUGCACUUCUGCUAAUUUUAUCAUUUUAUCAACACUAUCGCUUACAGUUAAUCGUCAUUAAACCUCAUCUAGUUGUAAAGCUCCAACCAAAAUUAUUUGUAUCAGAUCGGCUAAUAAAUGUUGGAUAAGUGUUUGUGGCGUUUAGCAUUUCUUCUUCGUAUUUACUCACAUCUAUUCUUCGUAUUUAAUCACGUCUCGCGUACUAAUCUCAUGUAUCUCAUUAUAAUAGAUUAAACAGCAUCAUUAUCA